CAGGCAUAUUUGACCCGGAACACAAAAUUGUUCAAUUCGAAAUGAACACAACAUGGGGAUUAAAAAACAAAAACAAACACCAAAACAAAAAGGCGUUGCUGCAGAGAUCGUUUGAAUUAUGCAGAUGAGAGCUCGAUUGAAGCACAAAAGAGGCCUGGAUCCACGAUUUCAAGAAACCAUAUCGUAAUAGACGAUCUUUGACGGACCCUCCUCCAUCUCCUCCUCAUCCUCUCUUGUCUCUUCUGUGGACUGCAAAGCGAACGUAAAGCAGCUCCCUCGCUGCGUGCAACCUCAUCACGAGUGGGCGCUAAGUGGACGAGUGUCUAGUCCGUCAACGUCUUUUCUUCGCAUUCGAGUUCAAUUUUGGAACCACGGAGAUGUCCGUCGCGGGGUUGAAGAAGCAGUUCCACAAAGCCACGCAGAAAGUCAGCGAGAAGGUGGGCGGCGCCGAAGGAACCAAGCUUGACGAUGACUUUAAAGAAAUGGAGAAGAAAGUGGACGUGACCAGCCGAGCGGUUUUGGACAUCAUGACUAAAACCACAGAGUACCUGCAGCCCAACCCGGCUUCCAGAGCCAAGCUCAGCAUGAUCAACACCAUGUCCAAAAUCCGGGGCCAGGAAAAAGGACCCGGAUACCCACAGGCUGAGUCGGUUCUGGGAGACGCCAUGUUGAAGUUUGGACGGGAACUCGGGGAGGAAUCCUGCUUUGGCCUGGCACUCAUUGACGCGGGUGAGGCCAUGAAGGAGCUAGGCGAGGUGAAGGAUGCUCUGGAUAUGGAGGUGAAACAGAACUUCAUCGACCCGCUGCAGAACCUCCACGACAAAGACCUGAAAGAGAUCCAGCAUCACCUGAAGAAGAUGGAAGGUCGCCGUCUGGACUUUGACUACAAGAAGAAGCGUCAGGGAAAAGUGCAAGACGACGAGAUCAAACAAGCCCUGGAGAAGUUUGAUGAGAGCAAGGAGAUCGCAGAGCAGAGCAUGUUCAACCUUCUAGAGAGCGACAUUGAGCAGGUGAGCCAGUUGGCGGCACUGGUCCAGGCCCAGUUGGAGUACCACAGUCGCACCGCUCAGAUCCUUCAGCAGCUCUCCAGUAAGAUGGACGAGAGGAUAAAGGAAGUUUCCAGUAAGCCCAGGAAGGAGUUUGUUCCGAAACCGCGCAUGACCUUGGAGCUGCUGCCACCCAGUGAGAACCACAAUGGUGGCCUCCACUCUGCUAAAUCCCCCGGAAGAUCACCAGCCCCCCUGGACCAGCCGUGCUGCCGGGCGCUCUACGACUUUGAGCCGGAGAACGAGGGCGAGCUGGGCUUCAAGGAGGGCGAUGUCAUCACGCUGACCAAUCAGAUCGAUGACAACUGGUAUGAGGGAAUGAUCCACGGCCACUCAGGCUUCUUCCCCAUCAACUAUGUCGACAUCUUGGUGCCGCUCCCGCAUUAAGGCCCCGCCACCCACACGGCCAUCGCCACGGUCCUGUUUUAGCAUCCUCUUCGUGUCUUCUUUUGCUGUGCUUUGUGCGACUGCGUUUAUGUGGGAGAAGGCCAGGCUGCGGGACUCGAAGGGAGCAAGCAAAUGACCACAUGAUGUUUGCUAGCUUGGUGCUUCACGCCAACGAGCAGCGCCGCUACCGAGUGGGGUAGUCGCACUGCGUGUGUGUGUGUGUGUGUGUGUUGAGUAUGUGUGUUGUCUUCUUUGCGUUGUUCCUGUCAGGGCGCCUUCGCAUGGCUCUCGCCUUGUCUUCUUUUCCUCCUUCUCACACCACUUUGAGCUGUUUGCAUGAGCUAGCCCGUCUAGUGAAGCAGCAAUGCAUCAUGGGAUCACAGCUGCUCAGCAAUAAGUAAAAACAUAAAAUAAGUAGGGGCAUUGGACGGGAUUAGGCGAACACUUCCAAUUUGUUUUUUGUGUUAAGCGGCUGCUUGUUGACUUUUUAUGUGGCUUUUGCAUGCGUGAAUGAAUGAUUGCUUGAUUGAUUGAUUGAUUGGUUGAUUGAUUGGAGUUACAUACCACAAGAUCACAGUUGUGAAUUGUGAGUGAUUUAGUGGCAAAGGCAGUAGUUGUGGCUUUGUUUAACAUCACCAGUCAGUAUCUGGUGUAUUCAACCUAAACAGCAAUGCAAACCAAACGAGUGUACUGUACUGCCUAUUCCCAUGGUGGGGCCACUCAAUGGCGUCCAUUGUGCUCAUAUGUGGUCGACUUGUGUGCAUGCCGGCAUCCUCCACAUCACCGAAAGGAAUCGAAACAAGAGUUGAGCCCUGCUAACGAAACUGUAUUCAAUGGCAACGCCGGAUUGUAAAGGCGAAUGUGUUCACACAGUGAGUAUUUGUCGGUUUGUCAAAAAAGGCGUGUUACUUUUUUCAUCCGCCACUGAUGAUGGUAUGAAGUUAAUCGACAGGAAACGUUAUUCUGAGGUCUCAGUUGACUGAAAUUUUGGAGUGUUAAGAGUGACAAAAAAAAAUGGACGGAUUUGGAGAGGGAAUUGGUUAACGUGUUUGACUUCAAGAGUGAUAAGUGGCACACACGUUCUGACUUGUGCCAGUCUAAAAACUACCAGCUUCUGGUGUUGGAAAAUGCUGUCUCAUCUUUUUAAAAAAAAGGUGUUUUUCCAUUGGUUAUCGAGAGAUAAUUGAGCAUGUUCUGUAAGUUGAUUCAUCAAUGUUAGCAAAACAAUAGGAUCAUGUUGCUUUGGUCAAACUAACAACCUUUUUCUGAUUGCAUAAAUGUCGAGCCAACACUAUCUAGAUUUUUCCUUUUAUAUUGAAGGACAUUUCAGAGUCUGUACUUUUUUUUUUUACUUUAAUCACUACUUCUACUUUUACCAAUCUUUACAGAUUGUGAGUACUUUUACCACUUCUGAUUUAGUGAAGCACAAGUUGAUAUUCUUGAGAAUUGAUCCUGAAUAAAAACACAACACACUUUCGAUAUGAACAGCUAUUCACUGUGAGGGCAAUAAAAAAAUGUAAUAUUCCAAUUCGAUAAGCUACAUUUGUGUGAUGCAUGCUUUGCAUCAUGGUGGCCUGAUGCUCUGUUGCGUACCUCCAUGUACCCUUUUUGAGAGCUUUUUUUAAAAAAUGACUUUGUCUUUGUCGAUGGCGGUGUGUAUUUUGACCUCAGUGAGGGACCCGUGCGGCUUUCGUCGUCACGUCACGUCACCGCUUUGAGUAAACAUAGUUGAAGAUGUAUGCAAUGGUAUUUUGUCAGUCAGACUAGAAUUGGAGUGAUCAUGUGACCUUGCUUUGCCUUGCGGCUGUAUAAAAUAGCCUCAUGCCUGCCCGGUGUCUUCUGCUGAGCUACCUGUACCUUAUUUAUUGUAUUUAUUUUUAUUUAUUCCUGUGUCUUAUUUUUUCACUUGAAAGAGUAUACACCUGUGGCAUACUUUGGAGCCACUGGGUGGAAGAGGUGUGGUCGACGCUAGGCUGUAAUACUAACUGUUGCUCUCCUCGUAUUGGAUGAUGAUGAUAUAUACAACCAGUUUAUGUAUAUCUGCUUGUUGUGAGAAGACCUGCAAUGUACUGACAAUAAAGGAUUAACACGA